UUUUUUAUGCUAAAAGAAAAUUCGAAGCUUUGGAAUGAUCAUCAGUCCAACAUAACAAAUCAAACUGUGGAAGACAACAACCUACGCCCAACAACAACAACAACAUCAUAGGCAUCCAUGUUUGCCAAGAGGUUGUUGCACAAGGCUGUGCUGCACCAUUCCAACCAUAAGUUGCAGCAUGGCGGUUUGCAGGGAAAUGAGUUGGAUCCCAGAAUUGUGAUUCACUAUGGCAUUCCAUCGACUGCUUCAGUUCUCGCCUUUGACCCCAUUCAGCGACUUUUGGCUAUUGGGACUUUGGAUGGAAGACUUAAGGUGAUUGGGGGUGAUAAUAUAGAAGGACUUUUGGUUUCUCCUAAGCAAUUGCCUUACAAAUACUUGGAGUUCCUGCAAAACCAGGGGCAUUUAGUUGGUGUCUUAAAUGACAAUGAUAUCCAGGUUUGGAAUCUUGAGAGCCGGAGCCUUGUUUGUUCUUUACAAUGGGAGUUCGAUAUUACUGCUUUUUCUGUAAUCAGCGGUUCACAUUUCAUUUAUGUUGGAGACCAGCAUGGCUUAUUUUCUGUGAUAAAAUUUGAAGCUGAGGAAGGACAACUUUUGAAGUCAUCAUACAAUUUGUCUGCAAAAUUUCUAAGGGAAGCUGCAGGCUUUUCAGAAGCCAGUGAGCAACCAAUCAUUGGAGUUCUUUUGCAACCUUCUUCUUUUGGGAACAGACUCUUAAUUGCAUUUGAGGAUGGACUGCUUAUUCUUUGGGAUGUUUCUGAAGCUAGAAUUGUGUUCCUUGGUGGUGGAAAAGAUCUCCAAUUGAAGGAUGAAGAUGGUAACUCUUCUUCCGAAUCGGGCGCCAAUCCUCCAGCUGAUAUUGUAGAACAAAAUCUAGGUGACAAAGAGAUAACUGCUCUUUGCUGGGCAUCUUCUACUGGGUCCAUUCUUGUUGUGGGAUACUUAGAUGGAGAUAUCCUUCUCUGGAACUUGUCAUCAGCAGCACCUUCUAAAGGCCAACAAACUUCAAAAAAUGUUGUUAAGCUACAACUUUCAACUGAAGAAAGAAGACUCCCAGUCAUAGUCUUACAAUGGUCAAAUAGCCAUAAAUCCCAAAGUGAUAGUGCUGGACAGUUGUUUGUCUAUGGUGGCGAUGAAAUUGGAUCUGAAGAAGUUUUGACUGUUUUAACUCUUGAAUGGUCAUCUGGGAUGGAGUCCGUAAAAUGCACCAAUCGUGCAGACCUUACACUUAAUGGCUCUUUUGCAGACUUGAUUUUACUGCCAAGUCCUGGAACAAUGGGGUUGAGCAGCAAAGAUGAACUUUUUGUACUGACAAACCCUGGACAACUACAUUUGUAUGAUAAUGAUAGUCUGUCCACAUUAACAUCUCAGCCAAAGAGGACGCCAUCUGUUUCUGCUGUGGAGUUUCCAGUGCUAGUACCUAUUGCUGAUCCGUGUUUGACUGUUGCAAUACUUAUCAGGUUGCCCAGUAAGUCAAAUUCAUCAAAAAUUCUCACUGAGGUAGCCUCAGCAAUGAGAACUGGCUCAAGGCCUGGAUCAGCUCCUUCAAAUUGGCCCUUGACUGGGGGUGUUCCCAGUCUAUCAUCCACGGCUAAAGGUGCUGUGGUUGAGAGAGUUUAUUUUGUGGGUUAUUCUAAUGGAUCUGUCCUUGUGUGUGAUGCCACACAUGCAGUCUUAUCUUAUAUUUGCUACAUAGAGGGAGAAGUGAAUGGUAUAAAAGUGGCUGGUUCAGAUGCUCAAGUGACAAAAUUGGACUUCUGCUCUGUUUCCUUACUGUUGGCUGUGGGCAAUGAAUGUGGUCUUGUUCGCAUUUAUGACCUCAAAGGCCACUCUGGUGGACGAAAUUUCCAUUUUGUCACAGAAACAAAAAGUGAAGUCCUUGAUGCUCCACAAGGAAAAGGACCUUAUUGUAGCUCUGUCUUUUCUGUUCUGGAUUCUCCUGUGCAAGCAUUAUCAUUUGCAAAUUCUGGAACCAAACUUGCUAUUGGGUUUUUAAGUGGCCGUAUUGCAGUCUGUAAUAUGACUUCAUUGUCAGUUUUGUUCUUGAUUGAUGGUGUACCUAGCUCUAGUUCACCAAUUACUUCAUUAGUUUGGAAACAAGAAGCAUAUUUUCUUAGUGGUGUGAAUAGUUUAAAGCCAUCAGAAACAGAUUCAGGCAACUCUCUUGAAGAAAUACUAUUUGUGUUAUCCCGGGAUGGAAAAAUUAAUAUAGUUGAUAGUGAUAGUGGAAAAAUUAUCUGCAGUCGGCCAUUACAAGUGAAGGAAUCCACUGCAAUUUCAAUGUAUGUUAUAGAGGGUAGCAUCUCAGCGUCUGAAGCAUCAAAUGACAAGCUGCAGGAAGAACCUGUGAAGAAUACUGCUGAUGCUAGCCCUGAUGAGGAGGAAGAACCCUUAUCAACUAGGGUAAAUUCAUCAGAAGCUGGUCUGCCCUCUUCAGAAAGCUCACACUCUGGAGAUUUACUGUUGGAUCCACUUGUUCUGCUAUGCUGCGAGAAUUCAUUGCGCUUGUUCUCUGCAAAAUCUUUGAUACAGGGACAUAAGAAACCAAUUAAAAAAGUGAAACAUUCUAAAUCUUGUUAUUGGACUACAUUUUUUAAGAAAGAUGACAAAGUUUAUGGGCUUCUAUCAUUGCUUCAGACUGGAACAUUUGAAAUCAGGUCUUUACCAGAUUUGGAAUUGGUUGCGGAAAGCUCUUUAUUGUCAAUUUUAAGGUGGAAUUAUAAAGUGAAUAUGGAUAAAACCAUGUGCUCUGAUGAUCAUGGACAGAUAGUACUGGCUAACAGUUCUGAAUUAGCAUUCAUGUCAUUACUGGCUGGCGAAAAUGAAUUCAGUAAUCCGGAGCAUCUGCCUUGUCUUCAUGAUAAAGUUCUUGCAGCCGCUGCUGAUGCUGCCUUUAGAUUCUCUUCAAAUCAGAAGAAAAAACAGACCGUGGUGCCGGGGAUUCUAGGUGGUAUUGUCAAAGGGUUUAAAGGAGGAAAAACCACUCCAACAGAUGUGACUAAAAUUCCAACCUCCAAUUUUGGUCAUUUGGAAGACAUUUUCUUUAAGCCCCCCUUGCCUGAUUCACCUCCAACAGUGGCAAUCCCAGAUAAUAAAGAAGUGGAGCUUGAUAUAGAUGACAUUGAAAUAGAUGAGCCCAUACCUAAGGCUUCUACUUCAUCUCCUGAUGCUAAAAAUAAACAGAAAGAUAAGUUGCAAGAUAGAGAGAAAUUAUUUGAAGGAGGGACCAAUAAUGAUGAUAUAAAGCCAAGACUUAGAACACCUGAAGAAAUUAUGGCUACUUAUAGAAAAACUGGGGAUGCUGCUUCAGUUGCUGCCCAAGCAAGAAACAAGCUUAUGGAGAGGCAGGAAAAAUUGGAGAGAAUCAGCCAACGUACUGCUGAACUGCAAAGUGGAGCUGAAAAUUUUGCAUCAUUAGCAAAUGAGCUUGUCAAGACCAUGGAAAGGAGGAAAUGGUGGCAAAUAUAGAAAAAAAAAUUGUCCGUAUGAAUUGUAUGUAUUUAUUGUCUUGUAUAUUAUAUAUAUUUUUGUGGCUGCUGGCGUUGUUUUUGUUUCAUUUGUUGUCAAAUAGUGGUUAGUGAUUCUUUAUUACUAGAAUUAUGCCAUUAUUUUUUUCUUUUGCCAUUAUUCAAAAUUGAUAUUUGAAGAUUAGUUAAUAUAACUUAAAAAAAUUACUUUAUAUAAAAAGAGUAAUAAUGUCUUGAGAAA